UAAAAUUCGUUUUACAGUAAAAAUUUGACCUUGAAAAGCUGAGAAAGCGAGAGUAUUCGUCUGCGUGUCUACGGAUUGAAUCUCUGCAGCUUUCGACCACUUCUUCUCCUUUCGCCUUAAAAAAAUCUACUCUUCCCUUCGCCUUUUACAAAUCUGGAUAAAAAAGACCACGAAUUCAACUUCUAGCCUAGCCGGAGCUGGAGCCGUCGCCUUAACAGACUCUGUAAGUGGACAUAUCUUCAAAAACCCGAAGAGAAUGAAGAUCGUUCGCAGAGAUUUUGUUCGUAAUGGACCCGGAAGCGUUAAGUUCAAUUGAUUUCCUGAAUGGUUGUUAAAUUGAGGGUAGAUGUCUGCGGAGGACUCCGAUGAUCUCUGGUAUGCAUAUAACCUGAUUGCCCCUGGCGAUAGUGUAAUGGCCGUCACUUUUAGAAAGGUUCAGAGAGAGGUACCUGGUGGGGGAAGAGACUCUGAACGUGUUAGACUGAAGCUAGAAGUACAAGUUGAGGAGGUGGACUAUGACAAAGACGCGUCUGUUUUGCGCAUACGUGGCAAGAAUAUCCUGGAGAAUGAGCACGUAAAGAUUGGUGCAUUCCAUACUUUGGAGCUUGAGCUGAAACGACCUUUCGUAUUGAGAAAGGAAUUUUGGGAUUCACUGGCUCUUGAUACACUCAAGCAGGCCUCAGAUCCUGCUGCCAGUGCUGAUCUAGCUAUAGUUCUAAUGCAAGAAGGACUUGGACAAAUCUUCCUUGUCGGAAGGAGUGUGACAAGUAGCCGUGCACGAAUAGAAACAUCAAUUCCGAGGAAGCAUGGGCCUGCAAUUGCUGGUUACGAGUCUGCUUUGAAGAAAUUCUUUGAGAAUGUUUUGCAGGCCUUUGUGAAACAUGUUGACUUCAGUGUCGUUCGCUGUGCAGUGAUCGCAAGUCCCGGCUUUACAAAGGAUCAGUUUCAUCGUCACUUAUUAUUGGAAGCAGAAAGAAGACAGUUGAGACCUAUAAUUGAGAACAAAUCACGUAUAAUUCUGGUGCACACAAACUCUGGAUAUAGACAUAGCUUGGGAGAGGUUCUAAAUGCUCCCAACGUGAUGAAUAUGAUCAAAGAUACUAAAGCAGCAAAAGAGGUCAAAGCGCUCAAUGAUUUCUUCAACAUGCUUUCAAAUGACCCAGCUCGGGCAUGCUAUGGACCAAAACAUGUGGAAGUUGCUCAUGAACGAAUGGCAGUCCAAACACUUCUCAUCACAGAUGAGCUUUUCAGGAAUUCUGACGUAAAAACAAGGAAAAAGUAUGUGGAUUUGGUGGAGUCUGUGAAAGAUUCAGGAGGAGAGGCUUUUAUAUUUUCGUCGAUGCAUGUUUCAGGGGAACAGUUGGCACAGCUCACUGGAGUUGCAGCUCUUCUCAGGUUCCCUUUACCAGACCUGGAAGACAUUGAGAUGUGACCUGGAAGACAUUUUGAUAUUGUACACUAUCUUCUUGGGCUGUAGAAAACAAUAAAAAAAAAAUCAUAUACAGGUUUCAUUAUAGUUAUUCUUUAUAGUUUAAAGAGAAAUUUGUAUUGUGGUCUUAAGAACGCAACUCUUCGUUUUUUGGGUUUUUUCAUUCAAUAAGAAACAUUAUACCUUGUUGAAUCUUCGGCUUUUCUAACAUUUGUGGUUGUGGAGCACUAACAA